AUGGCAGGUAACACGCAAGAUUCAUCACCUCAGUCUUUCUGGGAAGGCUACAAAGAGUUUUGGGGCGAGAGGUUUUCGUUUAUGAGCAAUUAUUCCAACUUCAUCAAGCGUGAUAAACCCCUCACUUCCUGGUCUGACUCUGAUGUUGAGGAAUUCAUCGCUUCUGAUCCUCUUCAUGGACCCGUGAUCAAAUUCCUUUUGGAAGCUCUUCUGCUACCCUGGACUGAUGGAACAGACACCACACUCAUGUAA